UCCACUCCUGCCUCCAGAGUCCAAGGGUCCAUGUGGUGGGCAGGUUGAGCUGUGCUGGAUACACAGAGGGAGGCUAUAACGGGACAGUUGGCGGGUGAGCAGCAUGGGCUUUGAGGAACUACUGGAGCAGGUGGGCGGCUUUGGGCCCUUCCAGCUGAGGAACUUGGCAUUGCUGGCACUGCCCCGAGUACUGCUGCCCCUGCACUUCCUCCUGCCCAUAUUCCUGUCUGCUGUGCCCGCCCAUCGCUGUGCCCUGCCUGGAGCCCCUGCUAACUUCAGCCAGGACACAUGGCUGGAGGCCCACCUGCCCCGGGAGCCUGAUGGCAUGCUUAGCUCCUGCCUCCACUUUGCCCACCCCCAGGCUCUCCCCAAUACCACGUUGUGGGGAGAAGGGCAGAGCCCUGGGGAACCAGAGGGCAACCCCUCCACAGUGCCCUGCUCUCAGGGCUGGGAGUAUGACCACUCGGAAUUCUCAUCUACCAUUGCAACUGAGUGGGAUCUGGUGUGUGAGCAGAAAGGCCUGAACAGAGCCGCAUCCACCUUCUUCUUCGCUGGUGUGCUGGUGGGGGCUGUGGCCUUUGGAUACCUGUCUGACAGGUUUGGGCGGCGCCGUCUGCUGCUUGUGGCCUACGUGAGUGCCCUCGUGCUGGGCCUGGCAUCUGCAGCCUCGGUCAGCUACGUAAUGUUUGCCAUCACCCGCACCCUUACUGGCUCAGCCCUGGCUGGCUUCACCAUCAUCGUGAUGCCUUUGGAGCUGGAGUGGCUGGACGUGGAGCACCGUACCGUGGCAGGUGUCCUGAGCAGCGCCUUCUGGUCAGGGGGCGUGAUGUUGCUGGCACUGGUUGGGUAUCUGAUACGGGACUGGAGAUGGCUUCUGCUGGCUGUCACCCUGCCUUGUGCCCCAGGCAUUCUCAGUCUCUGGUGGGUGCCUGAGUCUGCACGUUGGCUUCUUACCCAGGGCCAUGUGGAAGAGGCCCACAAGUACCUGCUCCGCUGUGCCAGGCUCAAUGGGCGGCCUGUGGGUGAGGACAGCCUGAGCCGGGAGGCCCUGAACAAAGUGGCUGCUGCGGAACGAGUGGUCCAACGACCUUCGUACCUAGACCUGUUCCGCACACCCAGGCUCCGACACAUCUCACUGUGCUGCAUGGUGGUGUGGUUUGGAGUGAACUUCUCCUAUUACGGCCUGAGUCUAGAUGUGUCAGGGCUGGGGCUGAACGUGUAUCAGACACAGCUGCUCUUUGGGGCCGUGGAGCUGCCCUCAAAGCUGUUAGUCUACCUGUCCGUGCGACAUUUUGGACGCCGCCUCACGCAGGCCGGAACACUGUUGGGCACCACCCUGGCCUUGGGCAUUGGACUGCUGGUGUCCUCGGAGAGGAAGUCCUGGAGCACUGCCCUGGCAGUGAUGGGGAAAUUUUUUUCUGAAGCCGCCUUCACCACUGCCUACCUGUUCACUUCCGAAUUGUAUCCUACAGUGCUGAGACAGACAGGUUUGGGGCUGACUUCACUGGUGGGCCGACUGGGAGGCUCUUUGGCCCCACUGGCAACCUUGCUGGAUGGAGUAUGGCUGUCACUGCCCAAGCUUGCUUAUGGAGGGAUCGCCUUCCUCGCUGCCUGCACUGCCCUUCUGCUGCCAGAGACAAGGCAGGCACAACUGCCAGAGACCAUCCAGGAUGUGGAGAGAAAGAGUGACCCAUCCAGUCUUCAGGAGGAAGAGAUGCCUAUGAAACAGGUCCAGAACUGAGUGGCACUGGAAGGCCUGCCACAGCAGCUCUGCAGCAGGGGCUAGAAGAGCAGAAGGGCAGGGCCUGUGACUGGGCCUGAGGCCAUCUCUGCUAGGGCCGGAGUUGCCACUGGUGCCCCUUCUUGUGCUCAUUUAGCCUUGAUUAUUCGGGUUCCAGGAACAGGUGACUUCCCAGAAUUUGGUGGGCUGCUGGAGAUUCUGGCUACCCCUCUUGUGGCUGGGGAGGAUUCUGUAAACAAAGGUAUCCCUUGGGUUUGGGCAAUGGUGAUGAACUGUGAGAAGAGCCCUGAUGGGAAUCCACUGAGUUUGCCCUGGGUUCUGAUCCUGGCUUCAUGAUUGAUUUGCUGUGUAAUCUUUAGCAUGUGAUUUUCCCUCUCUGGGCCUCAGUCUGUUCUUCCAAAUGGAUAAUGAAGCCUCUUGGUAGACCUUAGCACAAGAUCUGUUGUCAUGCUCAAAUGAGAUGCUGAAUAAGGUGUUUCUUCUAGAGAUGGUGCUAAAGACAAGAAUGUCCUAUGAUGACUUCUAGUACCAACAGGGCUAGUGGGCAUGCUGUCCACUCUGUGGUGCUAGGGGCUUCCAAUGCCAGACCUCAGGGAAUGGAAGGACAGACCUCUUUGUUCCCAUGGCUGGCCUAGCUACCUCUGAGGCACUCUGCAGGGCAAUGCCUCCCUCCACCCCUACGUUGCUCAUCCUCCAACCUACUGUCUAGGCCUCAUGCUCAAAGAAAAUUAGAAGACAUGGGAGCCCACAUUUUAUUGGAGAAGGCAGAGAUGCUGAGACUUAAUAAAGUUUAACAAGUUUUAUGAGUA